CUCGUGUGGUCUCAAGUGUCCGUCUUUGAUCUUAUAAUCUUAUAAGAGAGUCCAGCCCACUCAUCUCUGUUGCGGAAAUACAGCAAGCGCGAAACAAAACUAAGCAGCAGGAAAGGUUUUUUGUCGGUUCGUGUGUGAGUCUGCUCUUAUAAACUACACUAACCCACCCCUUAAGGCGAUGGCAAGCGCACCCCCACAAGAGACCUCCGCAUUUGUGGGACACCCUCCUCUUCCAUCGUAUGAGGAGGCAUUGGGAUCAAACCCACCAAUGCCCUAUGCUCCAGCUGAUAUGAAGACAUCUGUGCCUCCAUAUCCAACACAAGCCUACAGCCCGAUGUAUCCCCCACCACCCAAUCAAGGUCAACCUGUCACCAGUCCUGUUGUAUCUGUUCAGACCGUAUACGUUCAGCCUGGUCUGGUGUUUGGGAAUGUUCCAGUGCAAGCGCAUUGCCCAGUAUGUGCACAGAACGUGAUAACUCGCCUGGAGUAUACAUCAGGAGCACUAGCUUGGCUCUCUUGCGCAGGCCUUGCCAUUUUUGGUUGUAUCUACGGCUGCUGCCUGAUUCCCUUCUGUGUGGACAGUCUGAAGGAUGUGACCCACCACUGUCCAAACUGCAGCAGUGCUUUAGGAGUCUAUAGGAGAAUGUGAACCAGCUGCAGAACAUGUGAAGGAGUUGUGUGACACAUCGACUCUAUAUUUAUUAUCAUUCUUCAGCCAGAGUCAAUUCAUUAUCUGUGCCACACUGACGUGUAUUUGUACACACGCCUACCUUAACGUACUUGUCUUUUCAUUGUAAACUGUGAUUUAACUUAAAGUUAAAUCUUAAAAAUAUAAAAAUAAAAAUAACUUUAUUUCACACUAGUGAAGACAUCUGUGUAACAUUUAUACAUAAUUACAGUGCAAAAGUUCUUCUUUCUUUAAUCAAAUGUAUGUAGAAAAUGAUUAAAUAAAUGAAUAUGUGUAUGCUUUCACACUCAAAAGUC